CGUCGCCCAGGCGCCCUCCGAGCGGCCCAACUUCCCCACUCGGCCCGGGGCGCCUGGGCGGCGAGGUCUCCCGAGGACCCGCCCGGCUCUUUCCCUUUCCGGCUGCCCGGGAGGAGGCGGAGAGGGAGCCCCGCCUUCCCUGCCCGGCGUCCCGGCUGGGUCGGUGCCUGGGAGGGCGGCAUGAAGCCCGACGGCAAGGUGGUGCUGCUGGGGGACGUGAACGUGGGCAAGACCUCGCUGCUGCACCGCUACAUGGAGCGCCGCUUCCAGGGCACCGUCAGCACGGUCGGCGGCGCCUUCUUCCUCAAGCAGUGGGGCCCGCACCACAUUUCCCUCUGGGACACGGCAGGACGUGAGCAGUUUCAUGGCCUUGGAUCUAUGUACUGCCGAGGUGCAGCUGCUGUCAUCCUCACCUACGAUGUCACCAACUUUCAGAGCGUAGUGGAGUUGGAGGACAGGUUCCUGGCUUUGACAGACACGGCCAACAGGGACUGCAUCUUUGCCGUUGUCGGGAACAAAGUGGACCUCACGGAUGCUUGUGCCUGCGUUCCAGAGGCAGAAGAUGGACAUUUGUCCGAGAAACCCAUCAGCAGCAGUGUGCCUACGAAAGUGAAAAAACAAGUCCGCAUGGAUGACGCGAUAGCAUUUUAUAAGAAGAUCCUAAAGUACAAAAUGAUGGAUGAGAAGGAUGCCCCAGCAGCAGAAAAAAUGUGUUUUGAAACUAGUGCAAAAUCUGGAUAUAUGGUGGACCAGCUCUUUGAGACUGUAUUUGAUAUGGUGGUACCAACAAUUUUAGAGCAGAAAGCUGAAGGAUCAUCACAAACUGUAGACUUACAUAAUUACAAGACAGCCAAAAAUACACAACCUGGCUGCUGUAGAUAAACCAUUACUUUGAUUUCCCCCCUCUCACACUAAAUUGGAGUAUAGCAAUUUAAAUGGGUGAAGGCUACAACAUAGACUGAUAUCAAGGUUAACUAGAGGAAAUCCAUGUUUCAGAAUAGAUCUUCUGUAAAAUUUGAUAAGAGUAAAAGUAUGGAGGUAAUAGAGGCAGAUAAUUUAAGAAGAGGAGAACAAUUAUUUUGAAGUAAAACUUUCAUACCAGCAGUUAUCUAAAACUGUCUAAUCGUUUUCCGGAGUCUUGAGUUCUGUGUACUUUCUCUUCAUGAGAUGUUUCACUGAUCUAUCACUGCUUUUUUUAAAAGACACAUUUUUUCACUUUUUGUUUUAGUAAUAAAUAUUUUGAAAUAUUUGCAUAA